UUGUUGUCCCGUCAGUCUCCAGUUAGCUUCGUUAGCUCUGUUAGCUUCGUUAGCUUACACUGUAACCGCCUCAAGUCUUACAAAUUAAACUAAUAAACUACAAUGACUCCACACAGAGUCCGGGAGAUGUUAACUGCGAGCUAACGCCGCGGCUCUUUAUCAGUUAAACUAGUGUUAGCUGCUAGGUUAGCUUCUUUAGCGUUAUCUUCCUGUGUAACGUUAGCUAACGGAGCUAACAAGCUAACCGGUUAGCAUCUGCGUUUCUCUGUUUGAUGAAAACGGAGAGCAGCCGUUAGCAUGGAUUAACUCAACAGACACAACAACAACAACACCAGUGUCUGUGGAGAGGUUGAGUCCACUGGCUCUCAUCGGGCUGUGACUCCAUCAGCUGAUCUGAGGUCAGAGUUUGACCUUCACUCUGAGGACUCCUGCCAGCCGCAAUGCUCACCUAGACCCAGGUGUUAGUUUUUGCAGUGUGAGCAGAAUCAUUCAGAGACAGAGAUCAUGUCUGACAACCAGGCCAACAACAACGUCCCCCUAAACAACAACAAUAACAACAACAUGGGGCCCAACAGGAUCCGCAACCCCAACAUCAACCAGAACCCCCUCAUCAACGUCCGGGACCGCCUCUUCCACGCCCUUUUCUUCAAGAUGGCCGUCACGUACGCCCGGCUGUUCCCUCCGUCCUUCAGGAGAGUCUUCGAGUUCUUCGUCCUUCUCAAGGCGCUCUUCGUCCUCUUCAUCCUCGCCUACAUCCACAUCGCCUUCUCUCGUUCGCCCAUUAACUGCCUGGAGGCGGUGAGGGAGCGCUGGCCUCGUGACGGCCUGCUGCGGGUUGAGAUCCAGAGGAACUCCUCGCGCGCUCCGGUUCUCCUGCAGUACCACGACUCCUCUAGUGGGCUGCAGGAGGAGCAGGGGGGGGAGGAGCUGAGCCUGGCAGAGCUAAUGGGGGAGGAAGAGGAGGAAGAGGAGGAGAUGACCCUGGAGAUGUUCGACAACAGCUCCGUGCAGUUCGAUCUGGACAUGGAGCCUCGCCUGAAGCCCUCUAUGAUUGGAGGAGGAGUGAGAGGAAGAAGAGGAGGAGUGAACGACAGUCAGGACGUCUCUUUCAGUCAGACCACUAAAGGUAUGCAGCCGCUGCAGGAGGUGUCUGAGCUGGAGAUGUUGACCAGAGCAGUUUGGCCUCAGGAGGAAUACAUCGUGGAAUAUUCUCUGGAGUACGGCUUCCUGCGUCUGUCGCAGAGCACGAGACAGAGACUCAAUAUCCCCGUCAUGGUGGUCACUCUGGAUCCCAUGAAGGACGAGUGUUUCGGAGAUGGCUUCAGUCGUUUCCUGCUCGACGAGUUUUUGGGAUACGACGACAUCCUGAUGUCCAGCGUGAAGGCGCUCGCUGAGAACGAGGAGAACAAAGGGUUCCUGAGAAACGUGGUGUCUGGAGAACAUUACCGCUUCGUCAGCAUGUGGAUGGCCAGAACAUCCUAUCUGGCUGCAUUCGUCAUCAUGGUCAUAUUCACUCUGUCGGUGUCCAUGCUGCUCAGAUAUUCUCACCACCAGAUCUUCGUCUUCAUCGUGGAUCUUCUUCAGAUGCUGGAGAUGAACAUGACCAUCGCCUUCCCAGCAGCCCCUCUGCUCACCGUCAUCCUGGCCCUCGUCGGCAUGGAGGCCAUCAUGUCUGAGUUCUUCAACGACACGACGACGGCUUUCUACAUCAUCCUCAUCGUCUGGUUGGCCGAUCAGUACGACGCCAUCUGCUGCCACACGAACACCAGCAAGCGCCAUUGGCUGAGGUUCUUCUAUCUGUAUCAUUUUGCCUUCUACGCGUAUCACUACCGCUUCAACGGGCAGUACAGCAGCCUGGCUCUGGUCACUUCCUGGCUCUUCAUCCAGCACUCCAUGAUCUACUUCUUCCACCACUACGAGCUCCCGGCCAUCCUGCAGCAGAUCCGGAUCCAGGAGAUGUUGCUCCAGAACCAGCAGGCGGGUCAGAACAACCAGACGGCUCUGCAGGACAACCUGAACAACAACCUGAACAACAACCAAAAUAAUGCUGCUGCUAAUGCUGCUAAUGCUGCUAAUGAUGCUAAUGAUGCUAAUGAUGCUAAUGAUGCUGCUGCAGCGCCCGAAAACAACACCGACAACCCUCCAGGACCAACAGCUGAUCAACCAGAAACCCCAGCGGACCCCCUCGCCUCCCCUUCCUCCCCAAAUGCAGCAGCUGUGGGAGGAGAGGUGAGGUCCGAAUUGAACUGGGUUUCUCAAACGGCCGCCAUUAUCACUGAAGCGUUGUCUUCUUCAAACCAGCCUGUAGGAGGAGAAGAAUUAGCAGCAGCAGGAGGAGGAGGAGGAGAAGCGUUGGAUGUUGUUGAGAUUAAACCCAAAGUGGGAGGAGCCUCACCCAAGUCUGACCCCCCCCUGAAGGAGGAGGAAAAGGAGGAGGAGGCGCCCCCCCUCCCCAAAACUGACUGUCCCCCCCCUCAUAGUGCCGGUACAGACUGCAGAGCAGAGAGUCCGUCCUGAGAGGAAAACAAAACCCAGUCCUCGGGCUCUCAGGAUCAGGGGCCAUUUUAUUAUUUUAAAAACAUCUGAUGGAUUAGUUCCCAACCUGAGGCCACACAGGAAGUGCAUUUUAGUUAAUUUCUCCUCUUCAAAUUAAAAAGAAAGGAAAUGUUUUGGUUAAACUGCUUCUAGGAAUCUGAGCGUCCUCUGCAUUUAAAGUGAUUUAUUUUAGGAAGGAAGCCAAAACAACGGGAAGGUUUCGAAUGAGUGAAACAUGAUUGAUGAAUUAUUAAUCAGUAAUUGAUGAUCAGAUAAAUGAUUGAUUAGUUGUUGAUCAGCCCUGAUUCUGACAGACUGAAGCACAAACCUGAUUUCUGUUUCAAUCUGCUUUUAUUUUGAAGAAAAGACUCUUUGAGAGCAGGAAGUGGACGGAUGCCUUAUCAAUGAUCCUUCAGAGACGCUCAGCAGCGGAGCCAGCUGAUUGGUUGUGCAAUAUGACGCCGUCAUACCUCAGGCUCCGCCUCCUACCUUCAAUGUGAUGCGUUCUGGUGGUGCGUUCAGGUUCCCCUCGUCAGCUUGUAAAUGUCAGCGUUGUCCGUUUGCUUCUGUCGUCACGUCGUCACAGCUUAAGGCAAAUACACACAACUCCUGUGGUUCAGUCUUGGGUCCCUGAACGCACCAUGAGCUGGGGUACCUGAACGCACAGCAGGCUGUUGUGAAGGAGGCGGAGCCUGCAGUGUGACAUCACAGGAACUGAACAAAGUGAUGGGGGGGGGGUAUUUUUCUUCUUCGUGCCUCUGCUGGAUGACUGUAGCCUCGUUAGCUGAUCUGAAGCCUGAAACUCAUCAAACUGUAUUUAACUGUCCAGUAAACCAGUGCAGCUGUUUGCACACAGACGUG